CAUACACGACCAUUGUCUCCAUCAGUUCAGUGUUAGCCGUGCUGUGGAACGGCAAAUUAGGAAGAUACUGAAGAGCAGAGAACACAGGAGGACAGUUCGUUAUAUCGGAAUAAGGAAUUUCAUAUAACAAUUUUUGGAUUAACGGAUUGUGCGUAAGGAUAAUUGUAGCGAAACGCGAAAAUGUCAGCUGCUACGGCUACAGUGCAGGAGACCAUUACGCAGGCAACGCAGGCCAGCGGUGGAUUGGGCGCUUUGUGGACAGCAUUGAUUGGUGUUGUGCUGGUGGCGGCCUUGUACGAGUAUUGGCGUCGCAGUUCGCGCGAAUACCGCAUGACCAAGAACAUACCCAGUCCACCGGAAUUGCCCGUUCUGGGCAAUGCGCAUUUGGUGUUGGGCUGCUCGAAUGCGGAGAUUGUGGCCAAGGGUAAUACCUACCUCGAGCAGUAUGGUGAAACAUUGCGCGCUUGGUUGGGUCAUGUGCUCGUUGUAUUCCUUACCAAUCCCAAUGAUAUUGAGAUUAUUUUGAGUAGCAACAAUCAUUUGGACAAGGCCGAAGAGUAUCGCUACUUUAAGCCAUGGUUCGGUGAUGGCCUGCUAAUUAGCAGUGGUAAUCAUUGGCGUCAUCAUCGCAAAAUGAUUGCACCCACCUUCCAUCAAAGCAUUUUGAAGAGUUUCGUACCGACCUUUGUGAAACACUCCAAGAAUGUGGUGGAUCGCAUGUCCAAGGAAUUGGGCAAAGAGUUCGAUAUUCACGAUUACAUGUCACAAACUACCGUUGAGAUCUUGCUCACCACUGCGAUGGGUGUGAAGAAGAUACCCGACGGUAACAAGAGUUUCGAAUAUGCCAAGGCGGUCGUCGAUAUGUGCGAUAUCAUACACAAGCGUCAGGUGAAGAUGAUGUACCGUUUGGACGCCAUCUACAACAUGACGAAAAUGCGUCAAAAGGGUGACAAGAUGAUGGACAUCAUCUUGGGCAUGACCAGACGUGUGGUGAUGGAUCGCAAAGCUAACUACAAUGCUGAGGGCAACACCAUCGUGGAGGAAUCUGAGGAGCCGCUAAAGAAGACCGCCGCCAAGAAGGUUGGGGGUCUGCGUGACGACUUGGACGAUAUCGAUGAGAAUGAUGUGGGUGCUAAGCGGCGCUUGGCGCUCUUGGAUGCCAUGGUGGAAAUGGCUAAAAACCCCGAAAUCGAAUGGAAUGAGAAGGACAUUAUGGAUGAGGUCAACACGAUUAUGUUUGAGGGUCACGACACCACUUCGGCUGGGUCGAGUUUCGCUCUAUGCAUGAUGGGUAUGCACAAGGACGUGCAGGAGAAGGUCUUCGCCGAGCAGAAGGCCAUCUUUGGCGAAAAUUUGCUGCGUGAUUGCACCUUCGCCGACACCAUGGAAAUGAAAUAUUUGGAACGCGUCAUUAUGGAAACGCUGCGCAUGUAUCCACCAGUGCCAUUGAUUGCGCGCCGCCUUGAUAGCGAUGUCAAAUUGGCAUCUGGUCCCUAUUGUGUGCCAAAAGGCACCACCGUUGUGGUGUUGCAAUACCGCGUACACCGUCGUCCCGACAUCUAUGCCAAUCCGGACAAAUUCGAUCCCGACAAUUUCUUGCCCGAACGCAUGGCCAAUCGCCACUAUUACAGUUUCAUUCCAUUCAGCGCCGGUCCACGCAGUUGCGUCGGCCGCAAGUACGCCAUGCUGAAGCUGAAGGUGCUGCUCUCCACCAUCAUUCGCAAUUACACGGUGCACUCCAAUGAAACCGAAGCUGAUUGGAAGCUGCAGGCCGACAUCAUACUGAAACUGGAGAAUGGUUUCAAUGUGGUGUUGGAGAAACGUCAGCCGGUGGUGGCACGCAAAUGCUUUUUCUUCCAAGUAAUUGGAACAGCAGGUCCACGAUUAUCAAAUCCAAGCUCAGGCGGAGGUUCAGGUCAACGUUUGCGUGACAAAGAUCGAAAAGCACCAAAAGCUUCGGAUAAAGUUGGACCAAUUGGAUCGGAGGCGGUUGCAGUUUUUUACUCUGACGAAAGAGUUGCAGUUGAAGUUGCAUCGCACUCAAAUUGCACUGACGCCCAGAGUAGACGAUCAGUUUAUUGCAGUAGUGCUAGAAGUGCAGUAGACAACACUGCGAUGGACACAUUGGAACUACUUAACACAACACGAAUAGCAACAAACCAUGUUGCACUGGCCAAGGAGCGCAUCUUGCCCAAUCCAUUGUACAUCACCUUGAUCGGUGUAGUACUGGCUAUAACACUUUACGAUAUUUGGUAUCGCCACACAGAUGUCUACAAGAAGCUAAGGACUAUACCGGGACCGCCGAUCUUGCCGUUGAUUGGCAAUGCUCACUUGCUUGUGGGUCUCACACCAACUGAGAUAGUGCAAAAAGCUUUAAUCUACAUGAAUCGAUAUGGCGAAACGAUAAGCGGUUGCUUCUUCAACUUUAGACUUGUCUUCCUAACCAAUCCGGCCGACAUUGAAAUUAUUCUAAAUAGUCACGUUCACUUGGAGAAAUCCUAUGAGUAUAAAUUCUUUCAGCCAUGGUUUGGUGACGGGCUACUCAUUAGUAAAGGCAAUCAUUGGCGUUAUCAUCGAAAAAUGAUUGCACCUACUUUUCAUCAGUCCAUUCUCAAGAGUUUCGUGCCGACUUUUGUUAAACACUCACAAAAUAUUACGAAACAAUUUGAGCAAAAAUUGCUGGGUCAAGAGUUCGAUGUGCAUGCGCAUAUGAGCCAAACUACGGUGGAAAUUUUACUUAGCACUGCAAUGGGUAUGAAAAACUUACCCCCCGGCAAGGAAUGCGCUAAAUAUGCAGAGGCGGUAAUUGAAAUGUGUGACGUCAUACAGAAACGUCAAACGAAGCCGCACUACCAUUUCGAUGCCAUCUAUCGUUUGACGAAAUUGCGUCAAAAAUGCGAUCGUAUGAUGAAUAUAAUUUUGACGCUAACGAAGCGCGUAAUCGCAGAGCGCCGUGAAAAUUUCAAUUUGGAAACAGAUGGUGUGCUGGACCAACAGGAUGCGCUAAAUGAGGUGGUUGGCAAGAAGAAGGAAGUGCUGCGCGACGAUUUGGAUGAUAUCGAUGAAGAGGAGAAUGUUGGUGCUAAGCGUCGGUUGGCUUUGUUGGACACAAUGGUGGAGCUGGCAAAGAAUCCUAGUAUUCAAUGGACCGAUAAGGAUGUGAUGGAUGAAGUGAAUACGAUUUUGUUUGAGGGUCACGACACCACCUCCGCGGGUUCAAGUUUCACACUCUGUUUACUCGGCAUCCACAAGGAUGUACAAGAACGAGUCUUUCAAGAGCAAACACAAAUAUUUGCCGAUAAUUUGCAAAGAGAUUGCACCUUCUCCGAUGCCCAAGAAAUGCACUAUUUAGAGCGCGUAAUUAAAGAGACGCUUCGUCUCUAUCCACCAGUACCGGUUAUAGCGCGCAAAGUGAACGAGGAUGUGCCACUUGCAUCUGGGCCCUACAUCAUACCGAAAGGCACUACAGUUGUGAUAGGCCAAUAUGCCGUACAUCGACGACCGGAGUGCUAUGAGAAUCCCGAAAAAUUUGAUCCGGAUAAUUUUUUGCCAGAAAAUAUGGCAAAACGUCACUACUACAGUUAUGUGCCCUUCAGUGCCGGUCCACGCAGCUGUGUCGGGCGUAAAUAUGCUAUGCUGAUGCUGAAAAUAUUGCUGUCGACUUUGGUGCGCAAAUUUCAUAUUCACUCAAAUGUGGAUGAGUCGCAAUUUGAUUUGCAAGGAGAUAUCAUCUUGAAAUUGGCCAAUGGCUUUAAAGUGGUGCUCACGCUACGGGACGUGUAAUUGUGUUUAAGUUAUUUUAACUACAUUCAUACAUAUAAUUACUAUAUACAAAUACGCAUACGGAGAGACGUGGGCGCUGAACUAUGCUAAGUAAUCGAAUGUUUGUUGUUUUUGCAUUACAUAAAUAUGAAUAAAGUUUGUA